GAAGUUUUUGGAAAAAUAAUGAUGGAGGAACCUGAAAGGUACAGACGCUUUAUCUUAUCUUAUCUGCAGGAGUGCAGGCAGCAACGUUUGUUGCGCAUUUAUCCCUCAUGCAUGGUCUUCGUUCCUUCGAUAUGUUUAUGGGCUUUUAUAUACGGUUGACUUCUCUUUAACAGUUUGUUGUAGUGUAACAUAAUUUUUCAAAGACAUGUCUUCUUUCUUUAGAUCAUCCGAAAAUUCAACUGUGGACGCAAAACAGAUCGGGUGCAGUUUUGUAAAGUCGUGGACAGCGACAUCUAACGAUAAAGUGAGUGCUUUGUAAUGUUACAAAAUAACUUAGUGUUUGCCUUUUUGCCUGAUGGCCAAGUUUAGUGCAUUAAUAAUCAGACCUAUUGUGUUUCAAAUAAAUUUGGUUGGUUGUACGUGUGUUGAAAUAUUCUACAUGGAUAUUUUGAACAUUAUGUCUGACAUAAUUAUAUACGCGCCGCUCAAUUCCCCCCGGGCAACCUCCGUGGCAUUUGACCAUUUGAGACAGGCUUCUUGACCGUCAAAUACCCUUCACAAAGAAGAAAUGUUUAAAUUGUGAAUUUUGGUGACAUUCUGCUUUUUUGCAAGUCUAACCAUUUCAAUUUCAUUUGAGAAAUCUCAAAACAUUUAAACAGAUUGUUUUCAUGCUACACUAUUUGAAUGCUCUAUCCACUAUUUGUUAACAAGAACUUGACUGUUAAAUGGUAAGGCAUUAGUGUAUUAAAUCCGUUUGAUCUCACCUCACAAGAGAGGCCUUGGAUUGCACUAGCCUGAGUAAACAGUUGACAUUUUGCGACGCCACAGCUGGUUUCCCCGCAAAAUCAUGUCUGAGGAACAGGCAAAGAAAUUCCAUACUGAUAACACGUCACUACUCAGAUCAGGGUAGCACUUGCUGAUUGGUCAUACCGUGUGGGAAAUUUGCUCCAAACAACAGAAGCAGUACCCAGAUUCUGUGCUUGGUACUCAUACAUCAUUUCGGAGGGGAGCCAGUGGUAGCCUGAAAUUCAUCCGAUUGCUUCGAGUCGUUUUCUCCUCUCAACAACGUCUGAAUCGACCAGCUGUUAAUGCUGUCCAGUGACGUCACUCACUACCCAAAAACCUGGUGGUGAUUUUGAUUGGUUGAUUGUCUAAACAUUCGCAUAAUUAUGUAUAAUUAUGAAAAAAUUUUAGCGGGAUUGUUGCUUGAUAUUCAACAGAUCGCAUCCCUGGCAUUCUUUCGUUUAGUUCAAACAUUUCGAUAAGCUUAAUCUUUAUCUUAAACAGCAACAUUGCCCUUGUCUUCGAAACUGAAAUGCUAAUUUGAACUGCGAAUGAAGAAUCAUUGCGGAAAAUCGGUAGGUUUUUCAUUUAGAGCCGCUUUGUGGUUUCGGCGGCCGGUGAUUUUGUUUACGCGAAGUUUUCUGAGACCAAAUGUUAUAAUUCGAUCUUCUUGUUAUUUUUACCGUCAAGUGUAAUGAUUCUGUUAGCUUUUCUCUCUUGUCUCCUUGUUUUUUUUCUUCGUUAAGGACCAAAUAGCUUCUUUUGAAUUAAAGCAAAUCAUUGUGUUUUUGAACUGAGUGUUCCGUGUGUGUGUUUAUUUCAUUGCGUGAUUGCGACCGAGUUUGAUUUAAUAUAGAAUUUAGUACAACCGGUUCAGAGUUGUACUGCAUGCAGUUGAUAGUAUGAACGUUAAACAUGAAUUACGAUCGAAAAAAAUAAAGCAAUUCUGUAUCAUGCAGACAUUUCCAAACGAUAUUUCUCGGUUUGCCUCUUGAAAAUCGUGUUUUACUUUUUGCAUGAAUUAAAGCAAAGGUCAAGGAGUGGUGACGUCACUGGACGGCAUUAACGGCCGGUCGAUUCAGACGUUACUGAGGGAGUAAUAAUUACUUGAAGUAACCGGAUCAAAUUCAGGCCAAACCAGUGGUGGCAUUGCAAAAUGUCAGCUGUUUUCUUAGGCUAGGAUUGCACCAGUGGGCAUCAAAAGCCACUUAAAAGUUUUAGAGGAGACCCCCCCCCCUCAACUGGGGCAUCCACCUCCAUAGCCUCCCUGACAUCAGAUACUGACACUGAAGGCACUUGAAUCAGCUGGCUGAAUGGAUGCCUCAAUUGGCUGUUUUUCUCCCUUAGCUUCAUGCGUGCUAUGCACGUCUCAUUCUUCAGUUAGAACUAAGAUUUACAGUAACGAGCUGCAACCUGUUAGCUUUUUCAAGAAGAAAUCACAGUUUUCUCUUCAAUAUUUUUUUAUAGGAUAAAUCAGAAGGAGUAACAGUAUCAGAGACCUUUCACAAUUAUUCUAACUUGUAAGUUUGGAUCAGUAUAUCCUGUAGGUCAAAAUGAAAGUAAUGUUAGAGUUUGAUUCUCAGUUUCCAUUGUUUCAUAACCCUAAUACUGUUGAACCUCCAUGUGUGACCACCUCUCAUAAGACCACCUCCCAUAAGCAAUCGCCAGUCCACAACACCACAGUUUUCCCAGUUGAAGCCUUACAGUUGGAACCUCUAGUAAAUGACCACCUCCUGUAAGCGACCAUGACCAGCUUUUGGGCCUUAUGGUUAAUAUUUUCCAUUGUUUUUAAACUCUUGUAAACGACCACUUGACGCAUUCUCUGAUCUCUAUUUUCACUGUGUGCACUAUGUUACUUAGAAUAUACAAAGGACUUUAGUGACAACAUAGAACUACACUUAUCCUUAGUAGAUGUGCUUGGGCCUCUUCUCGGAAGAGACCCAUUGGGCAGGGUUGUCACUAAGAUUUUAAGUUGCCGGGUAAAUACAACAAGUAGGCGGGGAAUCAAACGGCUAGGCAUUUCUUGUGGUUCUAUUUUUCUUCUAUUUUCCAAUAAAAGUAACUGGGGGCCACUCUCUUAGUAGCCGGGGAAAAUCCCCAGCCCCCGGCUCUUAAUGACAACCCUGCAUUGGGGUUUGAUUCUCGUAAACGACCACCUCCUGCAAGCAACCACUCAGUCUUUGCAUUUUGGGUGGUCGCUUACAGAAAGUUCGACUGUCAUUUAUUAUCAAGUUUUCCUGAUCAUGAAUAAUUAAGGCCAGGACACAAAGGCAAUUGAGAAUCAGUCUAGGUUGUCGAGUUUAUUAAAUAAUGGUCAUUAAUUUAUUGAUUUCAUAUCAUGUACAAUGUGAGUCAAUCACACAUGCACUUGUUUGCGACUUUUUGAUAGCUUCAGAUGUACAGAAAAUUAUACCACUAUAUUUUUUUAAAUGCAUAUUUUUUACUUAAUAUUUCCAUAAAGAGUUGCAAAUGUAAUGAUCUUAAAUGAUAAUUUAAUAGCUUAUAUAGGGCUAUUUACAUAAUUAUGCUGAUCAAUAGCGCUUAACAAAAUAAAAAUGUAUAUAUUAAAAACAUUGUUAAAGAGGAAGUAAUUUUUAAAAUGGAGACCUAAACAAAAACAUCUUAAGUUUGUUUUUAUAAACAGCAAGUGUUGUGACAUUACGAAAGUUCACUGGUAGGCUGUUCCAUGAAGCCAGUGUGGCAAAAGUAAAAAUACCUGCCACCGAGUAUAGGGCGCAUUAUCUCCUGUGGAACUUCUAAUAAUAGGCUUUUGUUCUAGCAUAAUGCGUAUGAACUCUUGUGCUUCACUUGUAUCAAAUCACUAAGAUAGGAUGGCGCCAGUCCAUAAAUUGAUAAGAAUAAUUAUUAGAAUCUUAAAAUUGAUAAGAAUUAGAAUCUUAAAAUUGAAAAGAAUAAAUAGAAUUGAUGAGAAUUAGAAUCUUAAAAAAAAGUAAGAAUUAGAAUCUUAAACUUGAUAUGAUGGGUGAUGGGAAGAUAAUAUCAGAGAUACUUUUUUUUUUUCAGAAGAAGAACAAAAGAAAAAGAAAGUGAACCAAUUGAAUUGGAAAGUGAAGAGGUUGAAGUCAUCGCUGUGGUGGACCAGUCAUCAGACCUGGAAGAUGAAACAAGUGAUUGGAAGAAUUCUACAUGUACAGACAGACUGCAAGGUACUGAACCUGUACAAAGCUCUCCAACACAGGGGCCCAUGCUUUUGAAUCUCGAUUCCCAUGAAAAUGUGACUCGAGGACCAUUUGUACCCCCACAUGUUUCAUCUGGUGGAACUCAACCUGCCCUAGUGUUUUUUUUAGGGUCACCUGGUGUGACUGCUACUGGUGAGAUUCCAGCUGUUUCUACAGCGGGUGCCUCUUCAAUGCCAUUUGCAAAUGCGUUGUUCUUUACUCAGCCUGUCACUCUAAGUGUUGUUCCUCAGGAUUCUUCAUCUUCCAGCAGCGGAGUCAUUGAAAAAGCUAUGGAACUAGCAAACUUUCAAACAAAUCCUGCACAAAGUGAAUAUCAACAAAAUUCAGCACAAGUGGUGGUUUCUACUGGUGGUUUGAUCCCAGCUAAUACCAACAGUUGCACCAUGCCGCCAGGUGUGUCACAAGAUGCGCUUUCAACAGAUCAGUCAUUUGGUGCACUCACUCAAGUUUCUCAGAACAUAGUCAUAGCACAAUCUGUUGUAACAGGGGAGAAUGUACCCAUUGACAAUGUAUCUCAGUCCAUCACAGUACAGACAUCACAAGUCAUGCAGAAUUCAGGCUUAACAGACUUACAGUCCUUUGCAGGAGAAUUGCCAGCUGGAAUGUCCAGUGCAGAAGUAGCCGGUACUGUGCAGGCAGACAGCUAUGAGGAACGACCUAAAAUAAAUACUACUAAGAAGAGUGUACGAAUCAGAGAGGUCAUGACGCAGACCGGGGCAGAGCCUGAGAUUAUGAUUUUAGCUGAAAGAAGGCUGGACAUUGGAGAGGGUUCUCCAGAGGAGCCUGUCAACAACUGGCCACAAAAGACUGUAAAGAAACCAGGUUGGUUCGAUAAAAUGCCGUCAUUAUUAUGUUAUAAUUAUUGUACUCACUAGAGCUUGCAGUUAAUGAUUAAAUGAAUUUAGAGGUUAGUUUAGUUAUCUACAUUGUACUAACAGGUAACUGACUUUUCUGUAGGUUCAUGCAGAUUGUUUAUGUAUGAUUUCCAAGAGCAAUGUCAAACUGUGUUCUGUUCCACGUGGUGUUUGUCAUUAUUUUCUUCGAAACAAUGUGUAAUAAAACAAUUCUAGGUUUGGUUUUUUGAGGUCCAGAAUAAUCGGAGUAAUAAUCUCAGUAUUAAGUGUAUACUACCUUAUCUUAUCAAAAACCUUAUACAAUAUUGUUUGUUAUCACCCAUCUUCAUGUUUUAAACUCUUGUCUAGCCACUAAAGUGCACACCAAGGCACUGUUGUUAGGGAGCACCACAUGUACCCUUCGAUUUACCAAAAAGUAAGCUUUUUUUAGAACAACUACUGCACAGCUGUUGCAGUUUUACAGAGUGUUAGUCCUCAUACUCCUCUUCUUUAACACUCAUACUCUGUAUUUCAUCCCUGGCCAGACUGUUGUCAGAGUGAAGUUGUUCAAUGUUUCAUCAAACAUUGUUUGACCAUUUUGGUCACCCAUGUUGGAUGAUGUUCAUGCAACAUUUUUAAUUAGCUUGAUCAAAACAAUAAUUGUAAUAAUUUUGACAUCAAAAUAAUGUUCUUUUUAAAGAGGCUGCAAAGGUCAGACGCUAUGGAUGUGACAAAUGUAAUAAAAAGUUCUUUACCAACAAUGAUCUAAGACGUCACCAAACAAGCCAUCAAGAUUCCAGGCCAUUUAUCUGCCAGGUAAUCCGUUAUUAUGAUCAUAAAACUCUAGAGGCAGUUUUUUUCAAGUCUGUUUUGCUCUGCCAGUGGUGGAUGUGGCUAAGGACCCGACUCAAGGUCUGCCCCACCUUAAAAUGAAUUUUUCAUUGUUAGUGCAAUUUAACUGAAUGUAAAUAACAACAGCUUUGCUAGCCUGUGAACAGAUGGAAAUUAACUUCUGGUUAAGUUGGUCUGCAAAACAGCACCAAAAUCAUUCUAUGUUAAAUGUCAAUGUCAUUCUAUGUUAAAUUACAGGGAAAAGACAUCCUUGAAAAAAAUUAAUGUUUUUUGUCCUUGAUUUUUUUCCCCAAAAUUUUAUUUGAACCAUGCAACUAGUCCAUUUCCUUCCAGUUGGGAUUCUUAACCUCAUCAUUUUCCGGUUGAAUCAUUACUAAUGAUGUAAUUUUCUUUCUUUGUCCCUCAAAGAUAAUUUUAGUUUUUAUCAUCAUUAUUAGUAUCAUUAUCAUUAUUUAUUUCUUAUUCUUAUUUUUAUUACUGUUGAUGUAGGAAUGUCAAAAAGGUUUUAGAACUGCUGGGGAACUCAACAUCCAUAAGGCUAUUCAUGUGCAGGUCAAACAGUACAAGUGUGAAUACUGUGGCAAAGAGUUCCGCACUAAGGGCUGCAUCAAAUCUCACAUCAAGUACCACAUUGGUGAGUAGUGAGCCAGAAUGUCAAGCGGGGACAGUUUAAUUUUGACUAUGGUUUGUUGCGUUCAACGUUGGGAAAACACAACACAUACUCUUGGGAUUCCUGUGGUAGUCCAGGGUUCGCACAGUCUUGAAAAGUCCUUGAAUUUUAGGGGAAGUCCUUGAAAAGUCCCUGAAUUCCAUUUUUCCUUGAAAAGUCCUUAAAUUUCUGUGCAAGUCCUUGAAAAGAGCUUGAAUUUUCUUCAACUUUGAAUGUAGUAGCCUGGAAAGAAUUUUUUGAUGCUUUUUGGUUGUCCAAGACAGAAAAUAAAUCGUAGCUCAGUGAAUGUAAAGGUCAUUUACAUAAAGUGCUCCAUGUUUUAUGCAAUAAUUAACUAUCAGUUUAAGACAAGUGAACUGAAAAAUAUAGAGAAUUUGGUGAAGCAAACAGUUAAAGCCUUAAAGUCUUAUUAGAAUAUACUGGGAAUAUGCAUUUUUGUACAAUCUGUGAAAUUAUAUUCCUAGUAGGUUGUCCUUGAAAAUCUAAUGUGGUCCUUGAAAAGUCCUUGAAAAGUCCUUGAAAAAUGGUUGCAAUUUUUUGUAUGAACCCUGUAGUCAAGGGUGACCUUUUGUGGUACUCAUUUCGUCAUACGACUGCAUUUUCUGCACCAUCUUGAAUAAUGUAGCUCGUGGGCACAAAAAUGUUGAAUACAAUUAAUUUGACAUACACUUUGGUUGCAUUGUGCAAUGGAUAAUGCGUUGCCCUUACACGUCGAAGAUCUCGGGUUUGACUCCAGCUGGGUGAGACUUUUUUAUUUUUUUCGUAGUUGUUUUGUUUUGUUUUGUUUUGGAAGCACAGGAAGCAUUUUGCAGCAUCAAUUUAUUAGGAAAUAAUGUCACAUUUGACAGUAAACCUAAAAGAGCUCAAACACACCUCCUAAUCUGAGAUUACUACCAGUUUAUGUAGAUAUUAUUGUUCAGUCCAAGGUUCUUUGUCAAUUUCUGAAAUAUCUAAUUAAUAUUGGUCUCUUGUUGUUAUCUAGGGGACAAACGGCAUAAAUGUACAGAGUGUGACCGAGCAUUUGUCAAAAGUGCAGAUCUCAAACGCCACAUGGCAGGUCACAAGAAUGAAAAGAACUUUGAGUGUGAAGACUGUGGUUCUGCUUUCACGCGACGAGAUAACUUAAAAGCACACAGACUGUUGCAUUCUCGGGAAUCAGUUGUUACAUGUGAUUUGUGUUCCAAGGAGUUUAUCAAUGCAGUUUACCUAAAGCGACACAUGCACAUACACAAACAAGCCAAGAAGAAGCCUUAUGAGUAAGUUGUUGAUAAAUACAUGUACUUGUUUGUCUGAGUGUCUAAAAAACUUAAAAGAUGUAGCAGAGAAAUGUGUAGACCACAUUACAUGUCAGUGUGCAAAGAGGGGCAUAUUAAGUAGCCACUUUACUUGCUUUUCUCAAACUCAUUAAUAAUUCACAAAGAAAAUACAAAGAAAAUUAAAGUUUAAUGGUAUUUGGAAAUCAGAUGAAAAAGUGCCUUAAUUUCUCCUUCUAAAAUCAUUGUUUGAGAAGUAAUAUCAAGCAUUCGACACAGUGUUUCAUCACCAGAUGAAACACCUCGAAGUUCGUCAAAGAUACUCUGCUGCGCUUCGUAGUUUCAACUCUCUUCUCAAUGUUUCAUGUGGUGAUGAAACACUGCACAUCAUGCUUGAUAUAUUACAUCUUAAUACAUUUUAAAAAUGAUGAUAAUAAUAACCUGGAGAUUUAAUAGGAUUUCAGGCCCCUCUUGUCCCCUGAAUUAUUGUUAAAAAUAAUGAUCAUGUGUAUAGAAAUGUUGUUAGCCAAAAUGAAAUUUAGGUUAAAGUGGUUUUAACUUAUGACUCUCAAUUUGCCUUCUAGCAUUAAUUAUUAAUCAUGAUGAUAGGUGUAGGGCUAGGAGAGAAAGGAUAUUUUAGAGUUAACCUAAGUUAAAACCAUUUCAACAUGAAUUUCAUUUCGAUGUACAAAUUAAAUGUUAAAAGAGAUGUUAUUUUGUGCUCAUACUUUAUUUUUGUCCCCUUGAUAAGUAAGAUUCUUUAUUCUUAUUUAUGAAGUUCUUCACGCCGUUCUCAAUUUGCAUAAUAUUGAUUUGUAUUCUGCAAAAGGUGAUUGCAACAGUUUUAUGAUUUGUCUCUUUGCCUUAAAUUUAAGGCUCUGUGCUUUACCAGGCUACUUUUGUGUUGGCACAAAAACCAUGUCAGAUAGGUCUUCUGUUCACACAUAAGAGGAGCUAUUUUGGCGCAAUUUCCGUAAUGAAGCAAAGCUGCACUGCACUGCACUGCACUGAUCUCGAAAAGGGAGAGCCAUUUAUUAGAUAGGUGUUCAUAAUAUGCUGCUGAUGGCUUUUGGCAGUGGUGAACAUAACCCAAGAGAAGCUGAGCUUUAAAACAAUCUGGUAUUUGAUCAGGAUUUAAUUGACACAAAUUCAGUGCCAUUUUCAUUUCUCUCCAGGUGUCAGUGGUGCCCUAAGACAUACGAACAGCUGGAAGGACUGAGACGCCACAUCCGUCAGCAUGUAGGUGAUGAAAAGUUUAUCUGUAAAGAAUGCGGAAAAAAGUUUAUAACCAACAUCCAACUCAAAAGACAUCUGUGGCUCUCUCACGACCAAGACAGUCCAUACAGAAAAUCUAUUCUAUCGUAAAUUCUAAGGUAGUACGCAAAAAAAUUUACACCCAGCGCCCAGCUGAAAAGACAUUUUGUUAUCACAUAAACAAGACAGUCCAUAUGGAAGAUCCUCCUUGUUACCAAAAAAGUUUGAGUAAAAACCAUAAAACCAUAAUAAACAGAUUCUAGAAGGACAUCUGCCGCUCUCUUGAUUGACCGGUGACACCUGUUGCUGAAUGCCUCUCCACCUGUACUGUGAACACUCUUCAUAUACCGGAAAUAAUUUUGUCAUGUUUGUGUACCACUUUUACUUGACACAUUUGCCACUUUAAAAACAAGAAGGAAACAGUCUGGGUUGAGUUAAAUCUGGGGGAGGUUAACCCUUUAAGCCCUAAUAUCCACAUACAAAUUCUCCAAACUGAUCUCCAAAGAUUUUCUUAAGAAUUACUUGAGAGAAUUUGAUGAAGGAUCAUAGCAUUUUCCCUUUGGUGAUCAUUUUAUUAAUUCUCAUAACUUUAACUCUUGACAAUGUAUGGAUAUUAUAAGGAGAAAAUUCUUUUUGAUCACAAUUGGCACUUAAAGGGUUAAGUUACUUAACAGUCCCAGAAGUCUUUGCAAAAGUUAACUCGGCCCUCUAAAGUGGUGAAUGGCAGCUUUACUUUCCUCAAUACAAUGUAAGAACUGCUGUUGCACAAGUGUCCUACAAGUACCGAGCGUGCAAAGAAAGUCGUGUCCGAUAGCCUGGGGCUAGUGGAUUUUGCUAUCAGACUAGUGAAUUCUGUUUUUAACUUGCCCGAUGGGCAAGUGAUGUUUUUUGAAGAAUUCAAAUAACAGAAGAACUGUGAAAUCAAUUCUGCUCAUCAAAAAGCUUUUGGGGCUAGUUGAAAUGACGUCUGGGCUAGCAAAUGCUAGCUUCAGCUUGCCCGAAUGGCAAGCUGUAAAAAUGAUUUUCUUUGCACCCUGGUACCUCCUGUCGUGGCAUGCCCUGAGCUCGCACUCAACAAUCCAAUUUUUAUUUUUCCUUUGGUACUUAAUGUAGCAGAUAUCACAUUACUCAGGAACCAUUAGCUAUAAGCAGGUUUUAUAAACUUGCCUACACAUGUACAUGUAGAAAUAAUAAUUAUUACUUAUUGGUUAUUAAUGUUAAAAGAGUGCAUUCCAUAGCAAAAGACAAAGAAACAAAAUUAAAAAAAUACGUACUGAUAGUAGCUCAAUGUUGUAGUUUAAGUUUUAAAAAAUCUGGAUUAUUAAAAGUAUAUAUUUUUAGUAUAAAUUAUUGCUCUG